AUGGCGGCAUCAAGUAUACCGAAAUCUCGCAAAGAGAAAGGUCUCCACGUCCUUUUCCUCUCGUCCGACACCGGUGGAGGCCACCGCGCCAGCGCCGAGUCGCUCGCCAAUCAGUUCCAGCUUUUAUUUCCUGGGACAACGUACGAUUUACUCGAUAUUGUGGAAAAAGACGGCGUUGCGCCGUAUAAUUCCUUGGUUUCUACAUACAAGCACCUUUCGGCACAUCCUUCCCAGUGGAAGCUGGUGUACACGGUCUCGAAUUCCCGGGCGUUUGAAAUGCUCGCCGAUGCUCACCUGAAACUCAUGUGCGAACGUGCAGUACGGAAACGAAUUCAGUCUUACAAUCCGGAUGUCGUUAUCAGUGUGCAUCCCCUUAUGACCAACGUGCCGGUUUUGAGUUGUUCGAAGAUAUCACACAUCACUGGCAAACACUUGCCUAUUUUUACCGUGGUAACGGAUUUAGGCUCGGCGCAUUGCCUGUGGUUCGCUAAUGGUGUGGAAAAAAUGUUUGUUGGAUCCGAUCAGAUUAAGAAGCUCGCCAUGGCACGUGGUAAGGUUCCAGUGGAAAAAAUAAUACUGGCUGGUUUGCCCAUUCGCCACGAUUUCGCCAUUCAAGCCGACCUUCUCGGAGUCCGACACUCGGAAGCAGGACGCGCUUAUCAACAGCGAGUCCGCCGAGAGUUGAAACUACCGUGUACAGAUCGUAAAACCGUUUUGGUAAUGGGAGGUGGCGAAGGUGUUGGUUCAUUAUCAAAUAUUGUCGAUGCGCUGUACGUGGAGCUUGCCUUGCAAGGAAUUGAUGCUCUGGUAUUGGUGGUCUGCGGUCGUAAUGAAAAACUGAGACACAAACUAGCAACGCGAGAUUGGCAGUCACUCGGUAAAGUAAUUGUGACAGGACUCGGUUUCGUCACACGCAUGGCAGAAUACAUGGUUGCCGCGGAUGUACUAGUUUCGAAGGCUGGUCCGGGCACCAUCUCGGAAGCAGCUGCGGUGUCUCUUCCCGUCAUGCUUACAUCUUUUUUGCCCGGUCAAGAGGAAGGAAAUGUAGAUUAUGUCAUCGAUGGCGGGUUUGGAGCGUAUUGCGCCGAUACCGAUCCGAUUGGCAUUGGCGAGGAAGUUUGCAUGUGGUUGCACGACCCAGCCAAGUUGGAAAUGCUGUCCAACGCGGCCAAAGCCAAGGGCGUCCCGAAUGCGGCCCGGGAUAUUGCCCAGCAAAUCGGCGAC